AUGCCCGUGAUCACAGAGGCCUUGUUAAAGGAGAGAGAUAAACAAGCAAAAUGGAAUGGGAUUCCCUUACUGUUGCAAAAGCUGUAUGAACAUAGCCACCCAAACAGCGAUUUCUCCCAGUGCCAAAGCAUCUUAAAGGAAAUUUCUCCACUUCUUUCAAUGGAAGCCAUGGCAUUUGUUACAGAAGAUAGAAAAGCUGCUCAAGAGUCCACUUUUCCAAAUACAUACACAUUUGACUUAUUUGGAGGAGUCGAUCUUUUAGUAGAAAUUCUCAUGAGACCAACUCUUAUUACACAGAAAAAGAAACAGAAAAUAAGCGAUGACCUCAUCAAGGACUGUUUAAGCAUACUGUACAACACGUGUAUAUGUACGGAAGGAGUCACGAGGCGAUUGGCAGAAAGAAAUGACUUUGUGUUGUUCCUGUUUACACUGAUGACAAACAAAAAGACAUUCCUACAAACUGCAACGCUCAUUGAAGAUAUUCUGGGAGUUAAAAAGGAAAUGAUACAACUGGAUGAUAUUCCCAAUCUUGCAAGCCUUGUGUCGAGUUUUGAUCAGCAGCAGCUUGCGAACUUCUGCAGGAUCCUUGCUGUCACCAUUUCUGAACUUGACACAGGAAGCGAUGACAAGCACACACUUCUUGCCAAAAAUGCCCAGCAGAAAAAAAACUUGGGUCCUUCACGAGCGGAAAUUAAUCAAGCUACGCUUUUGAAUAUUCCAGGCUUCAUUGAGCGAUUGUGCAAACUGGCAACACGGAAGGUGUCUGAAACAACAGGUACUUCCAGCUUCCUCCAGGAGUUGGAAGAAUGGUACACCUGGCUAGACAACGCACUAGUACUCGACGCACUGAUGCGAGUGGCAAAUGAAGAGGCAGAGCAGAGCAGUACAGAGUCUUCGGAUGAAAGUGGAUUGGCCAACUCCUCGACACGAACACAGCUUCCACAGUCCAUGAAGAUAAUGCACGAGAUUAUGUACAAGCUGGAGGUGUUGUAUGUUCUCUGUGUGCUGCUCAUGGGGAGACAAAGGAAUCAGGUUCAUAAAAUGAUAGCAGAGUUCAAACUGAUUCCUGGCCUCAAUAACUUGUUUGACAAACUGAUCUGGAGAAAGCAUUCGGCAUCAGUCCUUGUUCUGCAUGGACACAAUCAAAAUUGUGAUUGUAGCCCAGACAUCACUUUAAAGAUACAGUUCUUGAGGCUUCUUCAGAGCUUUAGUGAUCACCAUGAGAACAAGUAUCUCCUUUUAAACAGCCAAGAACUUAAUGAGCUGAGUGCAAUCUCCCACAAAGCCAACAUCCCUGAAGUCGAUGCAGUUGUCAACACAGACAGGAGUCUGGUCUGUGAUGGGAAAAGAGGCUUGUUGACGAGACUGCUUCAGGUCAUGAAGAAGGAACCAGCCGAAUCCUCCUUCAGGUUUUGGCAAGCAAGGGCAGUUGAAAGUCAUAUUCUCUACUGCAUUGUUGAUAGUGAGUGCAAAUCACGAGAUGUGCUUCAGAGUUACUUUGACCUUCUGGGAGAACUGAUGAAGUUCAAUAUUGAUGCAUUCAAGAGGUUCAACAAGUACAUCAACACAGAUGAGAAGUUCCAGAUAUUUUUAAAUCAGAUCAACAGUUCAUUGGUUGACUCAAACAUGCUUGUUCGCUGCAUUACAUUGUCCCUGGACCGAUUUGAGAAUCAGUCUGAUGCUAAAGUUGCAGAAGUCCUGUCAGAGUGCCGCCUGUUAUCAUAUAUGUCCCAGAUGUCCAUGAGGAUGUCCUUUCUUUUCCGUCUCAUUAAUAUUAUUCAUGUACAGACACUUACACAGGAAAAUGUCAGUUGUUUGAACACAAGUUUAGUUAUCCUAAUGCUGGCCCGAAGGAAAGAAAAGCUACCUUUUUAUCUGCGCACUUUGCAACAGAUGGAAUAUACAGAAAAAUACCCAGGCUUCAUCCUGAACAAUUUCCACAGUCUCCUGCGAUUCUGGCAACAGCAUUACCUCAACAAGGAUAAAGACAGCACCUGCUUAGAAAAUAGCUCAUGUAUUAGUUUUACCUACUGGAAAGAGACUGUAUCUAUACUGCUCAGUCCAGACCGGACGUCCCCCUGUGCCAUAGUUAGCUACAUCGACGAGGCAUAUAUGGACAUUGACAGAGACUUUUCUGAGGAGUAAUUCGUCACUCUGGCUUCUGAUGGACAGCGCUUGGAGGGUACCUCGCAGCCCGUGGAUUUUCAGGGAUACGCUGUGUAGUGUGUGUGUGCGUGUGCGGCUUGGAACCGUGGAGCGUUACUGCAUUGUCAAAACCCCAGCCCCCUCCCGGUGGUCCCCAUCUCUGAUCUCUAACGGAUGAGACUUUGAAAGCUCUCUGGGCAACACAUUCAGGGAUGUAUCUUCCAGUUGUUCUGGGAUAAAAAUAUUCACCUGUAAAAACCAGCCUCUCUAUUAUUAUU